GGAACUCAUCCCCGGGCGUUGCCGCGGCAGCGUUCGUAUCAUCGCGCCGGCGCCGGGGAACGGCAGUCAGUUGCAGUCGGCGGCCGGAGCGGUGCUGACGGCUGUUCUCCAUCUGGAGAGGAGCGGGUAAGUGAGGGAUGGGGAAAGCUGCCCCCUCUUCUGCCACAACAUGAGGUGAGCAAGGCUUGCAGACAGGACUCAGCAACCCCUUCCUCAGGCAGCAUCAGCCCUGUUCAGACCAUCCCAUACACACCAUUAGCCGAGCCCUGUACCAGCCUGCUCUCAACCCUGCCACAACACACACCUAACACCCGAACCUUGACAGAGGUGAAAGAGGGGAAGCACGGCAGUCAGUGUCCUGCCUCUACGAAAUGUUGUCAACGUACGCUCAAGAGGUCUGACGUAGAGGGCCAUGCCCCCCGUGGUUAAAUAGGGCAGCCAAACAUGAGCGCCACGUUAGGAUCACACCUCAGAUUACCAGGUUGUGGCUCCAAAGGAUGCAGUUUCGUCUAGGAAAUGUUUGUCUUCCUUCCUCCUCCUGCCUGUCACAUCCUCAAACUCACCCAUGAAACUAUUAGCUAACAGCGUAGACAGCUCCUAACAUUGCAACCCACAGAGGUGUCGCUCAAUCCCCACCCUUCUUCACUGAUCGCACUGAAGGAUUCACUUCCUUCGUUGCCCCACAGUCAACAGAUGCAACUAUUUCAGACAAAUCCAUGAGAAUGAAAGACACUUUUUGUUGUUGUUAGUGAUUUUCUUGGUGACCGUCACCGAGUCCCAGGAGAGCCUGUUCCAGAGGAGGAUUUCUUUCCUGUCACCUUUCCCCUGCACAAGCAGCUGAGGAUCAGGUAAUGAGACAAUGCACCCUGAGGCGCAGGUGGUUGUGAAGCUGGCAUUGAAGCAAUGGUCUUUUCUGACUUCAGUUUGGGGAUUACUAAUGUUUUCUCCCAAGCGCAUGAGCAGUGCAGAGGAGCCCAAGUCACUCUGGAGGCCAAGCCCUGAAUAGCACAUGAUAGGAAUUGCUUGUGCUAAUUUAACCUUGUCUGUGUAUUUUAUUUUUGAUUCAGACCAUCUCUGCCUGCCCUGGUGACUCCAGGCUGCCAAAUCCUUCCUGCUCCAGGUCCCCCUAUGCAGCCAGGACGGAUGGCAUCUGGCACCCCACCAGCAUAGAGGCAACAACAGUUGUUGGUUAAGGAGAUAUCAUGCUAGAUGUACUUAGGGUGCAGAACAUGGGUACAGGCCUAGUCGGGAAAAAAGGAACUGGGUAAGAAAAGGUAGAGGGAGCGCGCCUUUUGAGAAGACAGGCCAAGAGCAGACAUGAGGGGCAAUGGACCUGUACAACUUUAUCCAGUUUUGCCACCGAGGGCUGUAAGGGGAAAUCAGGGAGGGGCAGUUAUGCCUGGGAGAGAGCAAGGGAAGGGGGAAGGGGGAGGGAUGCAGGAGAAAGGGAAGUGUUUAAUGUGUUUGUAGGGGAAGGGGCAGUGCACGACAGCAUAUUCCAACAAGUCUCCUAAUACAUGGCAGAGUCCCCUUCCAGGUACAAGACACAUCCACCUAGCUGCAUCUACUGAGGCACCCAGCAGCUGCAGAGACUCCUGGGAGGCAGGACCCGUUGAGGCCAAGGACCACAGAAGAAGGCGAGGAACCCAGCCAGAGGGACUGCGAGACUCUACCUAGCAGGCCGCCAGCCCUCCAGGGCAAGAUGGAGAGGCUGAGGCAGAUCCUCAGAAAGAGGAUGGCAAGAAUGGCCCCGGGACAGGAGAAGGACAGGAAGAAGCCUGAGGAGGAGGAGCAGGGCGGCCACCACCAGGCAGAGGCUGCAUCAAGGAAGGGCAGGUGGUGGCACUGUCUCGUGGGCUGGAGAAGAAGGGCACCUCCAGCAGCCACGGAAGAGCAGGGAGAGGAGCCAGUCAGGCCCCGAUGGAGGUGGCCCAGGAUACAGCUGGGUAGGAAGGGCCCAGCACUGCCAGAGACCCAGGCACAGCCCCCGCGCAGCUCCAGCCCCAAACACAGCAGCCAGGACCCCAGCGCUGAAGCCCAGCCGAAGGCCACUCCUCACGUGGCUUGGGAGGAGAAGCCAGGCUCCCCAGGGCAGGAGCUGCACAGGCCCUGGUUCAAGCUGGGCUCCAGCUCCUCCAGGGAGGACAGCGACAGCUCCCAGGAGGCUGUGGGCCUCCAGCAACAUGCUGCCACUGCCAGAGAUACAGUCCUGCCCUUCUACAAGGCAGAGGAAGAGCAGAGGGAGGACUUCACCUACCUGGAGGAAGCCGCCCUCUCAGUCAUCCUACGGCACCUCCAGAGCACGGACCAGACUGUGAAUGAGGGGCUCACUUUCCUCCGUGCCGUCCCCACGCUGUGCCUGGCUACAAUGAAGAGGGGCGAGGACACCCUAGAGCCGCCCUGCUGCAAAGCGGCACUUGUGGAGAGGAUUGUGGUGCUGAUUGACAAGCUGUCCGACUGUGAAGAAGAGCCCAGCACCAUCCUUCCUUACAGCAUGGCUGUUGUUUGCAUCCUCAGCAAACUGAAGCCAGCCCUGGAGCCAGCCCUGGAAUCGCGCCUCCUCUACACCGCCCUCCACAAGACCUUCCUGAUGGCCACAGGGCACAACAGCCAGCACAUCCAGGGCAUGCAGCGGAUCAGCGUGGAGUACCUGGAGGCCACGCUGAGGUGUCUGCUGGCAACUGCCCCCAACCUGGCCAGGCUGCAGUUCAUCGGGCAGCACUUGACCUUGUGGCUCCAGUUGGAAGAUAAGAGGGACAGAGCCACAGCCAUCAAGAUCACCACCAGCCUGCUCUGCUUUGCAGUCUCCCUCCUCCCACGGUUUGAGGACUCGCCCAAGGUGCCCCUGGUGGGUGACCUGGUGGCCCUGCUGGGUCUGUGCAUCAGCGACCCAGGGGAGGAGAUCAGCCGCCAGGCCAAGGAGGGCCUCUCCCACCUCUACAAGAUCUUGAUGCAUCAGAAGGGGCAAGACAUCCAAGAGGCACAGGAGCUGUGGCCCAUCAGCCAGCACCAGCACCACCUACACCGAAUCCUCCUCUACAUCGAUCUGGCCACAAUGGGAGAGGCCUUCAGGAAGAUCCUCUCCGAAGACCAGAGGAGAGCGUUUGCACAGAGGGCACUGCUGGGGAUCCACCAUGUCAUGCUGCACGUGAGCCAGGCCGGGGUGGUUCUGCUCUAUGCCAUCCUGGGGCAAUCUGGUCACCUGACGGGGGCAGAGGAGAAGGAAAUUCCCGUCAGGGUACUGAGGAAGCUCCUAAUCCUGAAAUGCUUCCAUCAGCUGCCCAAAGAGCUGCAGAGGCACAGUCAUCUGGAGAGUGCCUCAAGGAUCCCCAUCUCUCCGCAGCAGCGCCAUCCAUCCUGAUGCAAGCAAAGGCUGGGUGUGAGGCCACGGAUGCCAAUUGCGAGGCAUGGGACACGGUGUAGGGGAGGUCGGAGCCGUGUAUAUAAGCCCUAGGUAUCAGCGUGUGGCAGGGCACUGCUAGUGCCUGCCACUUUAAGGGCUGGGUCAGGCAUCCAGCAAGUGCCUGAUGGCAGCAGUCAUUUUGACAACUUUGUAUAUAAAGGCUGCAGUCUGCUGCUGCCAGCCGAGGCAGAAACAUUGCCUCGCUGAGCUGCAGCAGGAACAACCAGGCGGUAAGGGAAAGAGCUUAUGGGGAUGGCUAGGAGGCUCUUGGUCCUGGGCACGACCGAAAACUGCACCCUGCCGGGAAUGGGUGGCCUGGUGGGGCUCCUAGUGGCGUGGGAGCCCCCAGGAAAUGCCAGGCCAGUUACCACCCCGGUGAAAGGCGGGUCGGGGCGCCUUUAUAACCCCAGCUCCCACAACCAGGUGGGUAACCCCAUAGUAGGCCUGAGACAGCGGACCCCUGUGAGAGAGCGGACUAGAUGCUCACAAUCCUGACUUGAGGCACCCUCAACUGGUCAGUGCUGGGGCCAGGACCAGAAGGGUCAAAAGGGCCAGGGGCCCACUGUGAGGGACGCCCAGAGCCAAGGGCCUGGGGUUUCUAACUGGCCUUGGAGGGGAGGCCAGGGCCUGUGUGGCCAAAGGUCCCGGGGUGUGGGGCACACCUGAGAGGGGGAAGAGUGCAGGGAGGUAGACAGCCCAGAAUGAGGGCGGAGUAGGCCGCCUGAUCGGAAGGAGCCAGUUGGGGUCCAGACUGGAGGAUUAUGGGGCCCAGGAUGGGGCCAAAGAUGCUAAGAACUGGGAUGCCAGCUGUGAGACAUGAGCUGCAGCAUAGGGGAGGAUUUGGAGCUGCAGAUAACAUCCCCAGGCAUUCGGGCAAGAAAUGGACAGCCUACCGCUUAAUUAAGACCAUCCUUUUGUAUUGCCACGGUGUGGCAGGAAAGAGAGGCGGGCGCUUAGCCCAGAAAUAGGUGGUCAGGAAGGGCCUCCUGUUACACAGUGCAAGUAAAUGGGCAGCUUCCUGCCACGUUCUCAUCUUUCACCUGUAUCAUCAAGGUUGUGGCAGGUGAGGGAGGCGGGCAGUUAGCCCUGAGACAAGUGGGUGGGUCAACGAUUUGACCGGCCCCAGGAUGCCCACUUGUUACCAGUGGACAGGAGGAUUAAGGUUCAACCAGACUGACCAGCAGCACUGGUGUUGCGGGGGACUCCUGCUUGGGACACCCCUCUGAAUUUGGUUGGUGUUUGUGAGAGACGCACUGAAAUUAGAUUAAGGGUUCAAAAACAUAAAAGGGACUGCUUUAGGACUAAGAGGAACAUGAGAAUAAAGAGGAUAAAGAAUGAUAAUGACAAGGCAGGUAAACAAUGGGAAGCACACACAAUAAUACCGAUGCAGUACUUUACUAAAUAUCACAAUCAGCUGGAAGGCCCAAAUGAAAUAACAGGAAAAUGGAAAAUGGCAUCAAGGAAGCAGACAGUUAAGAACAGGGCAGAAAAUUAUGGCAUCCAGAGGAUGAAACCAGUCUGUCAAUCCAAGGUGGUUCAAAUAGUUUGGAAGGUCACCUGGGACUGGGUUGUUCAGCACUAUUGCCUCUCACCCUCCAUGUGGAGCAGAGAUUACACUCACCAGUCUCUUUGAAUCAGAUGCAGCCAGGCACAGCUCUCCCACAACUCCAAUCAUAGCACCUUUGCCAGUGUAGUGAGAGAACAGCUGCUGAUGAGUCAGGCAGUUGUGUGAACUAUCCGAGGCCAAAGUACCCUUUAUAGAACCUACCUGUACGGCAUGUAUCAAGAAUGGAAUCACCUUACUACGUCUUAGAGCUCAUCAUGUUGUGAGAAACUGGUUAUCAACUUUCAAUAUUGAGAUUGGGCGGUAGGCUCCACAUGUUAAACCUUUCUUUCACUUCUUGAGUAGACAAAUAGAUAAAGCUGUUCUUGCUUCUCUAGACAGAAUUCCAUUUUCAACUAUUUCACUGUACAUAGUUUAUAAUAAUUGUUGCCAGACUUUUCCGGAAAGGUUUCUAAAAUUCAGAUGGAAAACUGCCAGAGCUUUCCCCUCUCAAAGAAAUGCAGCACCUCCGUAACUUUCUGUAACGUGAUCUCCUUCUCUAGUUCAAUUGCUUGACAUAUUCAAAUCUAAUUCAUAUAGCUUCUAAUCUAAUACUGUAUUAUCAUUGGAGGUAAUUAUUGCAGAGAUCUGCUAUUUGAUGCCUCUGCCUAAAGUCUUCUAGCCAAUAACUUACCUGCCUUGUCACGCCACUCAUAGUCAUGUUAACUCUCUUGACCUGACAUGCAAUCCCAUGUCAAAAUGUUUAUGUAUCAUCACAAGAGACUUAUUCUGUCUGUCUGGAGCACUCUGAUUAGUUGUCUUGGCAGCCGAUCGCAAUGCUGAAACUGAAACAACCAAAAGUGCAGACAGAAUAAGACCAUUUCAGACAGAUAUGUAGACAACUUAGAGGUAGAACGAAGCACUGGGGCGCUCUGCUGUGGAGUGGGUAGGGUCCGACGAGGGCACGGGGGUGAGGGGGCAGGGUUGAGAGGUGGGGAAAUAAAGCAGUGAGGGGCCCGUUCCCCUUUUUUCCCCUCCAGAACCUGCCUGCCUCUCCUGCAGCCAGAGGGAGAGCUGCCAGUGGGAUCUGACCUGCUGGGGGCCUCUAGUGCUUCCCUGCAUGGUGAUGGUGCCCCACAGGACUGCCGGGCCGGGUGUCAGCGGGUGGGUGCUGCCCAUGCAGUGCCGCCACCACAGCGGGAAGCACUGGAGUUCCCUGCAGCUCAGGGGCUGCAUGAACCACUGGCAGCUCACUCCUCAGCCACGCGAGAUGCAGGCAGGUACCGGGAGGAAAAAAAAUGAAGAUCAGGCCCCUCACUGUUUUUGUGGGGUUUUUUACUUGGCAGAGCCUGCCUGCAUGAGUUGCCACUGGGUCUUACAGCCCCUGAGCUGUAGGAGGGCCUUGUACUUCCCGCAGCGGUGGCAGACCCCCACUGGGCCGGCUGGGCAGGGUGCUAGCUGCUCGGGUGCAGCCCCAGCUCUCAGGCAGUAUCUGCCAGAACCAACGGUGCAUGCGGCGCUGGAAGCCUGGGUGUUUUCAGGGAAACUCAGGCUUGGUGGGCUUCCAGCACCCCGUGCACCGUCCCUGCCACCUUCCCACCACCUGGAACCACCCGGGAAUGGGCUGGCUGCCCCGGGAUGGUAGUGGGAUGGCAGCUGGGUGUGAUGGCAGCCAGAGAAGGUGUCAGGGAUGGGGUACGGGGCAGUGAAUACCCACCAAGCCCAAGCUUCCUCCAGCACCCUCAGGCUGCCAGCACCCCCAGGCUGCCAGCACCCCAUGUACCAUCCCCAUCGCCUCCUCCAGAUAGGGCCCUUGUACAUGUGAGGAAUAGCGCUGUAAUAUGUUAUGAAGAAAACUAAUACACAUGGGAUGUGUUUUACUUUGCUAUGUAAAAACUCAUUUAAAUCUUAACAUGCCACCGAACCUGUACAUCAUUACACAUUUAAAUGGUUAAAAAUGGGCAACGAAGCCACUUAAAUGGGCUAUUUCCUCACAUAUACAAGAGCUGUUAGUCACGUAUACAAGGGCCCUCUUAUUCUAUGACUGUAACCAAGUCACAAGGUCAAACUUUUGACAAAAUAUGUGCUUGUAUUCCUAAGCCUGUGUUUACACAUGGACAGCUUUACGUAGCCAUUUGAAGGGUGAGAAUUUUUGAUUCUGUUAAAGUAUUCGGUCAAUCACUAUCCUAAAAUCCUGUAUUUAAAGUAAUAAUUUUGCAAUAAAAAUGUAAUGACAAAUGUUU